AUGUUGACUGCAGGAAGUCCGAUGUGCAAACGUAGUCCACAGAGUGGAAGUGGUGGGAGUGGUGGAGGAGGGGGUAAUGGCUAUGUGGACUCGUCCAGCUAUUCGUACGGAGAUUCGGGUGGAGGCUAUCAGAACAUGGAUUCGCAGAGCUUCAGAGAUGAACGAGACCAAUUUUUUGCUAGAAGACAGGAUGAAAAUGCUACCAGACCAGAAAAUUUACCUCCCAGUCAAGGAGGAAAAUAUUCAGGAUUCGGCUACACAAGGGAAGCACCACCCAAAAGCUCUUCGCAAGAAUUCUUCGAUACAGCCGUUUCUUCCUUAGCAUCGGGCUGGUCAAUGUUUUCUUCAUCAGCUGCUAAAAUAGCAAGUAAAGCUUCUGAAGGAGCUAUCAAGGUUGGCGGUAUUGCAACACAAAAGGUAGCUGAAAUUAGUGUUACUGUUGGCGAUAAGGUAAAAGAAGGAAAGUUGUUAGAUGACGUAUCUACCCAAGUAUCCAAUUUGACUACCAAGGUGGGGGAACUGGGACGUCGAGGCUGGCAGGAUUUGUCGGGCACCAACACACCCGCACCCACACCCACACAGGGCUCCAUCCCCUCUUCUCCAGAUUUCUUGUCGUCGGAGAAGUCGUCAUUGCUGAUUGAAGGAAACAAUGCAACACAAGCCACCACACAGCCCAGGAAACAAGGCUGGGAGGAGGAUAGCUGGAAAGAGCCGACCAUUAACCCCAAGAAACGCACUCAGAAUGCAAGCUCCACGUCCGCCAAUGUAGAUCCGAGAAAUAAACUUGAAGAUGAAGCCUGGGAAAUGCUCAACAAUUAGAUCAGUCCGACAUUUCCAAACAUUCUAUUUGAAACGAUACUGAACAUUGUCAAAUAACUUACACAUAUAUUUUGAAUUUAAAUUCAUUUCACAUUUUAUAUAUCAAAGUGUAUUCAAUGUUACGAAUGAUAGUAUUUUACUUUUAAAAUAUUUAUUUGAUUCCAGAAUAUUCUGUAUUCGUAUUGAGGUUUUAUCCAUGGUUAUAUAAUAUUCAUAAUAUGUGUUAAUUGUUAAGAUCAAUAAUUCAUAUCAUUGAUGCUUGAAAACCAAAUUAAUCAACUCAAAAGCCUUUUUUGCUGUUAGCUACUGGGACCAGGAUGUCAUUUGUAAUGUUAAUAAAAAUAUUGUUAUUGAAUGCUCUAUGUUGAUAUCUGUUGAGAUUUUUUAAGCUCGGUAAUUUUCCGCUGAGUUUUAAUUUUGCAAUUUGAAGAAUCAUCUUGAUUCGACCAUUGCGAUAUUAUUUAAUUUUUGGACUAGUAAGAUCCAGGACGAUGCUUAGCAUUGUUUUGUUUUCCAAUUAACAAUAUUUUUCAGCUUGUUUAUAUAAUAUUUGCAUUAAACCUAAAAAAAUUUUAAAUUUAAAAUUGUUACUCUUAUUAUCUCUAUGAAAUAACCGUUUUUAACACCAGGAAAACAUGGCUUUUGGGUUGUUUCAAUUUAUUAGACAUUCGUUGGCACUUGUCUGUGAUUGUAAUCAAAUUAUUUAGUCGGUUGUUAAAGUAUUUAUUCAAGUGACAGUGCAGUGCGGAAGGAUUAUCAUUUAAGUGCAUCGUUGCAUUUGGACAUCCAGAAAAAAUCAAUAAAUUGGACAUCUAGUUUUAUGAUGAUGACUAUAACUAUAAUAAAUAUAAACAUUCAUUCCAGG